AUGGACGCUUACGAGAAGCGGCCGACCGUCUACGUCCUGGGCGAUAGCGACUCCGACCCCACCGGCGUCGUUCGGGCGCGCGGCGGCUGCCUCCUGAGGGUCUGGGACUACUUCAGGGAGUUCUGCGAAAGCACCAGCCUGCACGGCCUCAAGUACGUCGGGGAGCCGGGGAAACCGCACGCCCAAAGAGUGUGCUGGGUGCUGACCUUCAUGCUGAGCCUCUCCGUCUGCUGCUUCUUCAUCUGGCAGGCCAAACACAAGUGGGACACGACGCCGGUCAUCGUCACCUUCGCAGAGUCCUCCUACCCGGUCAGCAAGCUGCCCUUCCCCGCCGUCACCAUAUGCGGCGAGGCCAAAAUCAACCACAAUCUCUUCUCCUACCAAAAGAUGUAUGAACAGAGGGACAACAUCACCGAAGAACAGAUGAAGCAGAUCCAGUAUGCCGCACUUGUCUGCGAUGAGGGCGUGGAAGUACUGGCUAACGAUACUACAGACGACAGUGCUAUUGAUUUCCUUCUUGAGGUGGCUCCUGGCCUCUGGGACACAGUGCGUCGCUGCCGGUGGCAGUCCAAGCCCACCUCGUGUGACGAGCUUUUCGACACCAUCAUCACAGACGAGGGUGUCUGCUACACGUUCAACGGCAUCGAGUACGAGGACUUCUUCACCGAGAAUGCGUACGUGAACACGAGCGCUCGCAGGUCCCGCAGCCGUGCCGUCAGCCGCUGGUCGGUGGACGACGGAUACGCCGGCGACGACAGCGACGAGGCGGUGUACCCCAGGCGCACCAGCGCCGCGGGCGCCAUGGCCGGGCUCGACUUCAUCCUCACCACCGACGAGCAGGACGUCGACGCCUCCUGCCGCUGGCCCGUCCAGGGCUUCAAGAUGCUGCUGCACAACCCGGUGGCGUUCCCCGACAUGAGCUCGCAGUUCUUCCGCGUGCCCGUGGACCGCGACCUGGUGGUCACGGUGCGGCCGGCCGUCAUGAUGACCUCGGAGAGCCUGGUGGACUACCCUCCUGAGCGCCGGCGCUGCUACUUCACAAGGGAGCGCAGCCUCUACUUCUUCCGCUACUACAGCGAGGAGAACUGCCGCGCCGAGUGCCUGGUCAACUACACGGUCCGCGAGUGCGGCUGCUCCGCCUACUACAUGCCCAGAGAGAAGGAGGUGCCGAUCUGCGGAGGUUCGAAAAUGCCCUGCGUAAAGGAAGCGCAAAGUAGAUUCUACGGUGACACUAAAAACCUCACAGCUUGCCAGUGUCUGCCGGGCUGCGUUGAGAUAAACUACAACAUUGAGACCUCACAGUCUCAAAUUUUAUGGAGGAAGUACCUGGCAUUCAACCCUGAGGCGAUGCAAUAUUUUCAAAACUUCACUUUCGGAAGGGUGGUGAUAUAUUAUCAAAACAGCCAGUUCAUCCCUAGUUUUCGCACUGAGCUCUACGGGUUUACCAGUUUCUUAGCCAACUGCGGCGGGCUCCUGGGCCUCUUCCUGGGCUUCAGCGUGCUCAGCCUGGUGGAGUGCCUCUACUUCCUGACCGCCAGGGCCUACCUGCACUUCCGCUGA